AUGGGCAAGAAAGACUCCAAGAAGAAAUCCGCCGACAAGAAAGCCCGCGUGGCGGAAAAGACCGCGCGAAAAACGUCCAAGAAGGAGAAAAAGUCCGGUAACAAGAGAGUCGCGGACGUGGACGAUGACGACGUAGAUCUCGAUUCAGUGCUGGAGGAGUACACCCGUCAGCAAGCUCUCUUCCUGAAAGUCACCGAAACCCCGCUCCCCGUACCGCCACCCGCGCGUGCGAACGCUACCCUCGCGGCGGCCCUCAGCGGUAAGGAGCUGUUCCUCUUUGGCGGCGAGACGUUUAACGGGGCUGUCGCGAGGUUUUUCAACGAAUUGUUUGUGUAUAACCCCGCGCAUGAUGAGUGGCGACAGAUAACUUCACCGAAUUCACCACUUCCGCGGUCCGGACACUGCGUGACGACGUCGCAGUACGGUGGCGGGAAUACGGGUAGUAUGUGGCUGUUCGGUGGAGAAUUUUCGAGUCCGAAACAGGGGACUUUCUACCACUAUAAUGACUUUUGGAGGUUCGAUAUCGGGUCGCGGGAGUGGGCGCGUGUGGAGAGUAAGAGUGGUGGGAGGGGGGCUGGUGGAGGGGGGGGACCGCCGGCGAGGAGUGGGCAUAGAAUGGUGGCUUGGAAGAAUUAUAUAUUGGUAAUGGGGGGAUUUCAAGAUACGGGUUCUACCACAAAAUACCUGAGUGACCUAUGGGCCUUCGAUACGAAUUUGUACACUUGGACCGCCAUCUCGCUACCUGCGCAUGCGCAACGGCCCGAGGCGAGGAGUUCGUUUUCGCUCUUACCGCAUGAACAGGGAGCCGUGCUGUUUGGGGGUUACUCUCGUGCUUCUAGUGGAUCGGUGGCUUGGAAGCCGGUGAUUCAUCAGGACACCUGGUUUCUGAGGAUGGAUCAGGACUUGGCCAAGGUUCGGUGGGAGCGGAGGAAGAAGCCUGGGAAUCCGCCAAAUCCCCCUAGGGUUGGGGUCACGAUGGCUUGGCAUAAAGGUAGAGGGAUACUAUUUGGUGGAGUGAAGGAUGAGGAGGGUAGCGAUGAAGGGUUGGAAAGUACCUUCUUUAACGAUUUAUUUGCAUGGGGAAUAGACAGAAAUCGCUUCUUUCCGUUAGUCCUUAGAAAGCCAAGGGUUCAGAAGAAGGCCUGGAAUGACCGGGGGGGUGGAAGGAGAGAUAGGGCUAGAGAAGCUGAAGAGGAUCUAUUAAGAAACCUGAAAUCACUGGAGGCAGUAGGAAAAGACGACUACGAUGACGAGGAAGAAGAAGAGAAAAAGGAAGAAAAGGGACCCAUCGUCAUCAGGGAACAGGCGAUGAGUCUCGAACUCCCCCACGAAAGGUUCAAUGCUGCCAUCGCAGUCCUCGACGACGUCCUAUACAUCUACGGUGGCACCUGGGAAAAGGGGGAUCGAGAAUUCACGCUCGACGAGAUGUUCGCCAUAGAUCUCGGAAAACUCGAUGGUCCUGAGAAAAUGCAAAUCGAUGAAACCGAGAUUGAACUCCGGCGGAAGGAAAAGGCCCUGCGUAAAAAUGUUAAAUCUAAAGACCCCGAGCAAACCCUCGGGACCCCGGGCGCCCAAGACCCAGUGCCUAUGGAGGAAGUUGUGGAAGAAACCUCAUUAGACAGAACCCCACACCCUCGUCCCUUCGAAUCUCUUCGGGAGUUCUUCGCGAGGACUUCGGUCGCUUGGCUCGAGAUGCUUGUUGCAGAGCAGGAAACAGGAGCGCACAAGAACAAGACUGUCAAGGAACUUCGGAAGGAAGGCUUCGCUGCCGCAGAAGACAAGUGGUGGGCCUGCAGAGAAGAGAUCAGAGCCCUGGAGGAUGAGCAGGAGGAGGCGGGUAUUGGCGAGAUUGUCAGUUUGGCGGAUGCUUGUGGGUUGGGGGGUGGUGGGGGAAGCGGAGGCGGAGGCGGCGCGGGUAGAAGGAGGUAGUCAGUGUUAGAAAGUGGCUACUGAUUGGUAUAUAGCUAGCUAGUGGGCACUGGGGGAAAUUGUUUGGAAUGGUUGGACUAAUAAUGUUUGGCCCAAAAGUUAUACUUUGUAUACGCCGAAACCUAGGGUAAACCAAGCUCCGCCCGCGUGCGGCCCUUACUCGAUCAAUUCAACUGGGAAUGCGCCGGGUGAUGUCUAUUAGAGCAAAGAGUUCUCUCUCUCGAGGAAUAAAAAUACAUGGAUUAGUAGUCAUAA